AUGCUGGCAUGGCAGGAUGGCGGAGCCAAGGCGGCUCCCUCCCCCCACAAGAUCUCCUUCUCGGUCCUGGACAUCCUGGACCCGCAGAAAUUCACCCGCGCCGCGCUCCCGGCUGUGCGCCCCGCGCUCCGGGAAGCCAAGAAAAGUUUGGCGGAGGCUGAAGCGGAGAAAGACGCCAGCCCCGGGGACCCUGCCUGGCAUCAGCAAACCCCUGAUGCUGCAGGCCGAGGCGCGGGCGCGGCGUCGCCAGUGGAGGGCUCGGACGCCGAGGACGCGGAGGAUGCGGGGCGGCGCCGGCGCCUGGCCAAGCCGCGACGCGCGCGCACCGCCUUCACCUACGAGCAGCUGGUGGCCUUGGAGAACAAGUUCCGGGCCACGCGCUACCUGUCGGUGUGCGAACGCCUGAACCUGGCGCUGUCGCUCAGCCUCACCGAGACGCAGGUCAAAAUUUGGUUCCAGAACCGCAGGACCAAGUGGAAGAAGCAGAACCCCGGGGCCGACGGUGCGGUGCAGGCGGGAGGGAGUGCGGCCCAGCCCGGGGCGCCGGGGGCGACGGCGGGUGGUGCGGGGGCCAGCCCUGGCCCACCUGGCCCGGCCGCGCUGCCCUUCCAGACUUUUCCAUCCUACACUGCCGCCAACGUCCUUUUCCCAGCGGCCACGUCGUUUCCGCUCACGGCCGCAGGUGGUCCCUUUGCACCUUUCCUGGGGUCUUCCUACCUGACCUCCUUCUACGCCCCGCACCUUUGA